AUGGUCUCUGGAGGCCCAGCCGUGGACCCAGUCAGGGGGUUUGGACCAGAAAAGGCCUGGAUGCAGAGGACGUCCCCGCUGCUGCUGGUUGUCUUCUGUUUCCUGUUUGUCUCUCCUGUCGGUUGCCACGGUAACGCCACGUCUCUGCCUCGCCCGUUGGACCUGAAGGCGUACGACUUGGGCACCGACCCACCGCAGCACGUGGAGGUCGCAGGUCGUGGCUCGCGUCUCUCCCAGGAGACGGUGGACAAACCCCAGAUGUCUUUGGAGUUCGAACCAGAAAAGAUGAGGACCGUGAGCAAACUGAAACCCAAACACGAACGGAAACCCUCGUUUGCUGCGUCGCCCUCCAACUCGUCUCAGAAAAUCAUGAAGCCUCCGCCCCCGUGCCUGCACACCAUGUCGAUCCAGACGGUCUUCAAGUACAUCAACACGGUGCUGUCCUGUUUGAUCUUCGCCGUGGGCAUCAUCGGUAACGCCACCCUGCUGAGGAUCAUCUACCAAAAUAAAAGCAUGAGAAAUGGACCCAACGCGCUCAUCGCCAGCUUGGCCCUGGGAGACCUGAUCUACAUCGUUAUAGAUCUACCCAUCAACGUCUACAAGCUCCUGGUGAUCCAGUGGCCUUUUGCUGACAGUGCGUUCGGUCUGUUCCUCUGUAAGCUGUUUCCGUUCCUGCAGAAAGCUUCGGUCGGCAUCACCGUCCUCAACCUGUGCGCUCUGAGCGUGGACAGGUACCGUGCGGUGGUGUCCUGGUCCAGGAUCCAGGGCAACGGCGUUCCCAUGGCGACGGCAGUGGAGAUCGUGGCGAUCUGGCUACUGUCCAUCGUCCUGGCCGUGCCGGAGGCCGUCGGCUUCAGCCUGGUCCCCAACGAGCACAACAACGUGACCAUGAUGACCUGCAUGCUGCUGCCCAGGACGCCCUUCAUGACCUUCUACCGGGACGCCAAGGACUGGUGGCUGUUUGGGUUCUACUUCUGCGUGCCGUUGGCGUGUUCGGCUGUUUUCUACGGCCUGAUGACCUGCGAGAUGCUCCAACACCAGAAGGGAAGUCUGAAGGUGUCGCUGAGUGAACACCUCAAACAGCGUCGAGAAGUAGCUAAAGCCGUGUUCUGCCUGGUGGUGAUCUUCGCCCUCUGCUGGUUCCCGCUCCACCUGAGCCGUCUGCUGAAGAGAACCAUCUACAGACCUCACGACGCUCGGCGCUGCGAGCUCCUAAACUUCCUGUUGGUGCUCGACUACUUCAGCAUCAACAUGGCCACCAUCAACUCCUGCAUCAAUCCCAUCAUACUCUUCUUCAUCUCCAAGAAGUUCAAGAACUGCUUCAAGUCCUGUCUGUGCUGCUGGUGCUACUCCGGCUCUCGGUCCAGCAGCGUGCUGCCCCUCCACCACGUCACCAGUCUUCAGUACAAACACUCGGACCCCUGA